GUGCCCCAUCAUUAGUGUCAGUGGGAGGAAUAGUGCCCCAUUAUUGGUGUUAGUGGGAGGAAUAGUGCCUUAUCAUUGGAUGUUAGUGGGAGGAAUAGUGUCCAUCAUUGAUGGGGUCAGUGGGAGGAGUAGUGCCCCAUCAUUGGUUUCAGUGGGAGGAAUAGUGCCGCAUCAUUGGUGUCAGUGGGAGGAAUUGUGCCCCAUCAUUGGUGUCAGUGGGAAGAAUUGUGCCCAUCAUUGGUGUCAGUGGGAGGAAUAGUGCCCCAUCAUUGGUGUCAGUGGGAGGAAUAAAGCCCCAUUUUUGGUGUCAGUGGAAGAAAUAGUGUCCAUCAUUGGUGUCAUUGGGAGGAAUAGUUCCCAACAUUGGUGUCAGUGAUAGGAAUAUUGCCUAUCGCUGGUGUUAGUGGGAGGCAUAG